AUGGCAUCCGGAGAGUCAAAAGAUGAACGCGACAAACGAGUCGACAAACUCUGGGAAACCUUAGAUACUCGAAAAGAGGGCCAUAUCGACUUGACGGGGUUAAAGAAAGGGUUGAAGAAAAUCGAUCAUCCUCUAAAAAAUGCAGACGACAUGGUACUGAGUGUCGUGCGGGAGGUUGACACGAAUGGCGAUGGACGUAUCGACAAAGCUGAAUUCCGAGCAUUUCUCAAUCACACCGAGGACGGGCUAUGGCAGAUGUUCCAGAGCAUCGAUCGAGAUCACAACGGAGAAAUCGACAAGAUGGAAUUGCGAAAUGCCUUUUCACGUUCCGGGGUCACGGUUUCGAGCGCUAAGUUGGACCGGUUUUUCGCGGAAGUCGACAAGAACAAUGACGGGGUGAUUUCUUAUACAGAGUGGAGGGACUUCCUUCUAUUCCUCCCUCUCCAGUCCCCGACCGAUCUACACGCAGUCCUUUCAUAUUACACGGCCACGGGCAAUCUAAACCCGGAAGGAGAUGUCAAUAUCAAUGACCUGCAGGGUUUAGGUACAGACCAUCCGUUUCUUUCACCUUACAUUCUAGCCAUCCAACACCUUUUGUACAACAUUUUGUCACUCCCCGCCUUGGCCUCCCUUCUUCCCUCCGCGCACGCGCAAACCAGCCAUAUCUCGAAGUUGGGACCCGUUUUCGAGGAUGAUCUUGCCUCGCUAGACGGCGACUUGGAGUUAGAGUGGUUGGCUCUUCCCCAGACUACCGCCAUGCGGAUGUGGAAUUGCGGGUGCCGUAUCAAGGACGGCCACCGCCCCCUCGAUCGUCUCAAAGUUUAUCUCAUUGCACAGACUGGCGUCAAAUCAACGGUUCAGGCGGCAAAGGAGGGAGCCCCGUUAGCUGCGGCUGGGAAUGCUUCCAGAACAUUGGUCGACGCGCUCAAGGAAUUAUGGCGGGCUGGAGGAAUACGGAGUUUGUUCGCAGGGAAUGGCUUGAACGUGGUGAAGGUUAUGCCAGAGUCUGCGAUCAAGUUUGGUGCCUACGAGUCUGCGAAACGAGCAUUUGCACAACUCGAAGGACAUAAUGAUCCCAAGCGACUCCUUCCCACUUCACAGUUUAUGUCGGGUGGUUUUGGUGGAAUGGUUGCCCAAUGUUUUGUCUAUCCCCUCGAUACCCUAAAAUUUCGCAUGCAGUGUGAGACCGUCAAAGGUGGCCCGAAAGGCAAUCAACUCAUCGCAGCCACCGCAAGAAAGGUGUGGAACAAGAAUGGCUUGGUUGGCUUCUUCCGAGGGCUUCCGCUUGGCCUUGUUGGGAUGUUUCCAUACGCCGCAAUUGAUUUAUCGACAUUUGAAUAUCUCAAACGGACACUUCUAGCUAAAAAGGCCCGUGACUGCGGCUGUCAUGAGGAUGAUGUACCCCUCGGAAACUUCGCGACAGGUGCGAUCGGUGCCAUGAGUGGAGGAUUUAGCGCCUCGAUUGUCUACCCCCUCAAUGUUCUCCGCACUCGACUUCAAACCCAGGGCACAAUAAUGCAUCCGCCCACGUACACAGGGAUUGGCGAGGUCCUAAAAAUCACGCUCAAAACUGAGGGACCCCGGGGUCUUUACAAAGGUCUCACUCCCAACCUUCUCAAAGUGGCACCGGCCAUGUCAAUCAGCUACGUGGUCUAUGAGAACGCGAAACGCAUGCUUGGCCUACGAUGA